AUGGCUGAAACUCAACUAUCUUCAUGUCACUCCCUUCUGCUUCUCUUAGCGUGCACCCUUUUCCAACAACUUUAUGCAUCCAACACUAAAAUUGGUGUCAACUAUGGCACGAUGGCAGACAACCUCCCACCACCCUCAAUGGUGGCCACCUUCCUCAAAUCUAAAACCACCAUCGAUCGCAUCAAAAUCUUCGAUGCCAACCCCGACAUCCUCCGUGGCUUUGCAGGCACUGGAAUCUCUGUAACUGUCACGGUGCCGAAUGAUGCCAUCACCUCUCUCUCAUCACUUCCUGGCGCGCAGGCUUGGCUUUCCCAAAAUAUCUUACCCUUCCUCCCGAAAACCGUUGUGACGCGUAUUUGUGUCGGGAACGAGGUUGUGGAAAGCAACAACAAAACACUAAUCACCAACAUUCUUCCAGCUAUGAAAUCCCUCCACGAGGCUCUCUCCCUCGCCAACCAAACAACUAUCCAAGUCUCCACUCCUCACUCACUCGGGAUCUUGGACUCAUCAGAUACUCCUAGUGCCACUGUGUUUCGUCGUGGCCAUGACAAAGCCAUCAUUGCGCCUAUGCUGGAUUUCCAUCGACGAACCAAGUCCCCCUUCAUGGUGAACCCAUAUCCGUUCGCUGGCAUCACCCCAACCGAACCUGAGACCGUGAACUACGCGCUCUUUAAACCAAACAACGGAAUUCGAGAUGAGGCCACGUGGUUGCACUAUACGAACAUGUUUGACACGCAAAUGGACGCGAUUUUCUCUGCGAUGAAGAAAUUGGGGUAUGGUGACGUGGAACUGGUGGUGGCCGAAACGGGUUGGCCCUCUAUUGGUGAGCCGCACGAAGAGGGUGUGAGUUUUGAGAAUGCGGCGUCGUAUAAUGGGAAUCUCAUCAAGCACAUUAACUCUGGCAAAGGGACCCCUCUUAUGCCUGGUCGAACUUUCGAGACUUUCAUCUUCUCUCUGUUCAAUGAGAAUCUGAAGCCCACAGUUUCUGAGCGUAAUUAUGGCUUGUUUUAUCCUGAUCUUACUCCCGUUUACGAUGUUGGUGUUUUCAUUGCCGAAGAGGCAUCUGUUCCUAGAUCUGGAUUUGGACCUAUAUCCGGACCCACAUCCGGACCUACAUCCGAACCUAGUCCCAUAUCUGGACCAGCACCUCAAGGAAACUUCCCUUAA